AUGGUUAGUUAUAAUGAUGAAAUCAAAUCAAUCCAAUCUCAAACCAAGACGACAAAAGAAAAUUCAUUAAAUAUUGAAAAACAAAUUAAUAAUUCUCAAUCCAUAUUAUUUCAAGAAUUAAUCAAUUUAUAUCUUGUUAAAAGGAAAAGAUUAAGUGGUGUUAAAAAUCAAUACAUCUUUAUGAUUUCAUUUAUUCCAAUUAUUAAUCUUGAAAAUUUACUUUCUUUUAAUUUUGAAAUUAUUAAUGCAAGUCUUGAAAGGAUUUGUAAAUUUAUUUAUCAAAUCUCUACAAUUUGGUUUAUCAAUUUACCAUUUCAAAUUGAAUUCAAUCAUCAACAACAACCUUCAAUAUUGAAUUUCAAGUUAUUUUCACCUGAUUCUAAUAUUGAACAAAUUCAUGAUUUAUCAAAUUUUGAAUUGAAACUAUUCUUAAAUGGAAUAUCAAGAUUAAUUUUGAAUAUUUUUGAAAUUUUAAAAUUCUUCCAAUUAGAUAAUGAAAUAAAAUUGUCAAAACAAUUGUUUAAUAUUGAUGAAAUGAUUUAUAAAAUUGUUAAUAACAAUUAUAAUUUCAAUGAAUUAUCAAGUGAUAAUGAUCAAUCAAACCCAAUUAAGGGAAAUAUUGAUAUUGAUGAACUUACUGAUUUGGUUUAUAAACAUAUUUUAAACAAGAUUAAUCAGAAAAAUAAUGAAUGGCAUGUUGUUCAAAAUGAUUUUUUAAUAGAUGAGGAUCAAUAA